AUGCCGCUGUCUUCCAGUCCAUCCGCUUUUCCUGAUGUAAUUCAAAACUAGCUCAUAUUACCAGUACGGAAGGACUUUACGUAUGCUUACAAUUAGCGAGUUUAAAAGAGCACAAUUGUUUGAAAACUCGGCUGAGACAGAUCGAUCAACAUCCCAAAGGAAUGCGCCCCAUGCAGGCGCCAGCUUAAAAGAAUUCCUUGGAUGAAGCUGUUGAUCCUGCGAAGACGACAAGAGUCAUGAAUAUCAGCGCAACAUCAAAUUCUUCUUUCGUCGACGGAAGGUUUUAUCUAUACACCCAGCUCGCCACAGGGAUCUCCCUGGUGAUUCUGUCGCCGAUAACAGUCAUUAGUAACCUCCUGUUAUUACUGACUAUUUACAAAGAUCCUCUCAAAUGCUUCCGUACACCAGCUUCGUAUCUCAUCAUCGCUUUAGCCUGUGUUGAUUUCACAACCGGUCUUGUUAUCGAGCCUCUCUUCGUUACUUACCGCCUAGCAUGUUAUUUGAAAUGGUCACUGUAUCCAGGCCGAUUAUAUGUAAGACUGCUAAGAACUGGAAGUUCUAUUUCCACCGUAGGCCUCAACUUGUCAUUCUUGCUCGUUCUCGCUCUCAUUUGGUCACAGUUCCUUGCCAUAACUCAACCACAACGUUACCGCUCGGCCAUUACAACGCGCAGGAUCCUCGUAUUUGUUGGUGUCUCGAUGCUGUACUUCACAGGUUUCACUCUUCUGCAAUUCAUCGGAGUCCCCCGAAGAAGCCUCCUUCAGAUAGAUCUCCAUUUCCAUGCCACAGUCAUAACAGUCUUGCUUUUCGUCGGUUCUGCUAUACUUCUGAGGUCACUUCGCCGAUUUGCCAAAGAAUCUCGCCAAAAUGAAGACGAUGAAGGCUUGAGACAACUUACGGUGGCAACUUUGCUUUUAUCAGCAAUACUAAUAGCUUGCACACUUGCUCAUAUCAUAACACUUAAUAUCUGGUUUUACACAGAACUGGAGACGCCACAAGACACGCUUCAUCUCUCUGCUGCCAUUACAAUUGCAGACGAAAUGUUAUUUAUUAAGGUAGCUUCUGACGCAUUCGUUUACGCUUGGAGACUGCCAUACUACAGGAAGUCUCUGAAACUAGUGUUGACUCGUGCUAGGCAGCAAAUUGGAAAUGAAGCCACUGAAAUGGUAACCAUGGCCUGAUCAUUUCUUAUUUUAGCCAUAAUUAUAUUACCAGACACUUAUCAUGUUUGCACUAAAUCGGGGAACUAAGAAUCAUUGCAGACUGAUAUAAAUUAAAGCUAGCCUGUACCAGCAAUAAACUAGCAAUCCGUUCUUGUGCUCUAGUUAAUGUGUCAGUUGUACUAAAGCCCCAACUGUAGAAACAAUUACAGAACCCAGAGCAAGUAAAUACGGUUCAUGUCGAUAUUCUACCUCUGAGAAAGAUGAGGAUUGGAAACUGUUUUAGGGUAUUGUGGUAACCUUUUACCGCACACGACUUUUAUCGACUUUUACUCGAACUAAUAACUUUUCUACCUUAGCU